CGAAUACGCUUGAAGGAACCAUGGCAACUAUCGACGCCUCAUCCACUGGAGGGAAACGGAGGAGAGAGGACGAAUCGUUUCCAUGCAGUCGGUCGGAGCGGUUAAAUCCUUGAAGCCUGAUCAAAGCGGAGAUGAUUGAUUCGCCAAAGUCAACCAGCGGGCCGCCGAGAAAUCAAACCCAAACAGUCUCGCGGCUGUCGAAGUUGAGGACGAUGGGUCAUUUGGGAAUUGGAUACCUUCUUGCCCGUUAUUUCACCUCCGGACGACCGCUCCGUGAAUUCCGUCCAGUCGUAGAAUUUCUCGAAGCCUGUCACGAUUUCAUCAGAGGGCAUCGGACCCUUUACAACGAUGGGAGGAUACUUCAACGGGAUAUAUCUGACAACACCAUUAUCAUCAUUGAUGCCGAUUUAGAUGGAGAUCUAGGAGGCAUGCACAUCGAUUUGGACCUGGCAAAGGAACAAUGAUGAAAAUCAUGAGGUCCACUUGGAAUUGAGAGCAGCACUGGGAUUUAUAUCCAUUCAAUAAUGACCCGCAUUAUUGUGUACU